AACGGAGCGUUUUUUUUCGUAUUUCCAUAGUAGCAAACCGGAUCCUGGUUCUGUAAACCAAGAAUUAUUCAAUCUCGGGGAGAAGAAAACCCUCAAGCCGGCGUUCUGUUUCAGUCCCCAAUCUUAUCGACUACUUCCGUUGUCAAAGUCUGCUCCUUUAUGCAUUUUGUUUUUGUGCAUUUUGGGGAGAUAGAGAAAUGCAGAGAUUGAGAAGAUCUCAGGUACUAGCGAGGCCUCUCUUGGAGAGCAGGCUACAAGGGUUCUGCACGAGCUCCUCCUCCUCUGAAAAGAUCGUAGCUUCGGUGCUUUUUGAGAGAUUGCGUGUUGUGAUACCAAAACCAGAUCCUUGUGUUUACGCUUUUCAGGAGUUCAAGUUCAAUUGGGAACAGCAGUUUCGGCGUAGAUACCCGGAUGAAUUCUUGGACAUUGCUAAGAACAGAGCCAAGGGUGAAUAUCAAAUGGACUACGUACCUGCUCCCAGAAUUACAGAGGCUGACAAGAAUAACGAUAGGAAGUCAUUAUAUAGAGCUCUGGACAAGAAGUUGUAUCUUCUCAUCUUCGGAAAGCCAUUUGGAGCUACUAGUGACAAGCCUGUAUGGCAUUUCCCUGAAAAAGUCUACGAUUCUGAGCCAACUCUUCGUAAGUGCGCGGAAUCUGCUUUGAAGUCAGUGUUAGGAGACCUAACUCACACAUACUUUGUUGGAAAUGCUCCAAUGGCUCACCUGGCUAUUCAACCUACACCUGAUUUGCCAUCUUACAAGAGGUUCUUCUUCAAAUGCAGUGUAGUAGCAGCAUCGAAGUACAACAUAGGUAACUGCGAGGAUUUUUUGUGGGUUACCAAAGAUGAGCUUUUGGAGUUCUUCCCUGAGCAAGCUGACUUCUUCAACAAGAUGAUCAUUAGCUGAGACUACAAACUUUUUUCCUCUUCUUUUUCUCUUUAGGAAGAUAGAAAACAAUAAAACAUGAACCUUAAAGAUAGACAUGGUGUGUGAAGGAAUUUUCUUGUUGACGUAAAAUGGGAGUUGAUCGGGAGUAGUUGAAUGUAGUUGGCUUCACAAUCUUUUUAGAUACACAUCACACUAAUGUUUCUCUCAUAGAUGCACAUAACAUAUGUGUGACGUGA